UCAAAAGGCGCGUGCUGUGCCGCCUCCGUUUCCCUCCCCCGGUGUCCGAACCGGGAUUUCUGCUGUGGCGUCGGUAGGAGCUGCUCUGCCGUGUGUGUGUGUGUGCGUGUGCGUGCGUGCGUGAGUGAGUGAGUGAGUGAGUGUGUUAAAGAGCAGGCCGGCCACGAGCGCUCAGCUAGCAAACCGCACGUUCCGCCGCCAGAGAUGGUCACGUCCACACCGGGGAUCCUCCUGCUGCUCUUAUGUCUCCAUCACCGCAUUACCGUCCACGGUACUAAGACAGAAUGUGAAGCCAGUCAGUUUCAGUGUGGAAACGGCCGCUGCAUCCCGUCGGUGUGGCAGUGCGACGGGGACGAGGACUGCACCGACGGAAGCGACGAGAACUCAUGUGUAAAGAAGACGUGUGCAGAGGUGGACUUUGUGUGCCACAAUGGCCAGUGUGUGCCGAAGCGGUGGCACUGCGACGGCGAGCCGGACUGCGAGGACGGGUCGGAUGAGAGCUUAGAAAUCUGCCACAUGAGGACGUGUCGCAUGAAUGAGUUCAGCUGCGGAGCAGGAACCACCCAGUGUAUUCCCAUCUUCUGGAAGUGUGACGGAGAGAAGGACUGCGACAGCGGAGAGGACGAAGUCAACUGUGGAAACAUCACCUGCGCCCCAAACGAGUUCACGUGCGCCAGCGGUCGUUGCAUCUCCCGCAACUUUGUGUGCAACGGCGAGGACGACUGUGGCGACGGCUCGGACGAGGUCGAAUGCGCUCCGUCCUCCUGCGGUCCCAGCGAGUUCCAGUGCGGGAACUCGUCGUGCAUCCCGGCCAGCUGGGUGUGCGACGACGAUGUCGACUGCCAGGAUCAGUCGGACGAGUCUCCGUCUCGAUGCGGCCGCCACCCGACGCCGCCGGCCAAGUGUUCGUCCAGCGAGAUGCAGUGCCGCUCCGGAGAGUGCAUUCACAAGAAGUGGAGGUGUGACGGAGACCCGGACUGCAAGGACGGCAGCGACGAAGCCAACUGUCCUGUUCGCACCUGCGGGCCGGAUCAGUUCAAGUGCGACGAUGGAAACUGCAUCCUGGGCAGCCGGCAGUGUAACGGCCUCAGAGACUGCGCCGACGGAUCGGAUGAAGCCAACUGCAAAAACAUGACUCAGUGCAACGGGCCGGAGAAGUUCAAGUGUCGCAGCGGGGAGUGCAUCGAGAUGAGCAAAGUGUGCAACAAGGCCCGAGACUGUCCGGACUGGAGCGACGAACCCAUCAAGGAGUGCAAUCUGAACGAGUGUCUCCUCAACAACGGCGGCUGCUCCCACAUCUGCAAGGACAUGGUGAUUGGCUUCGAGUGUGACUGCACCCCGGGACUCCAGCUCAUAGACCACAAGACCUGCGGAGACAUAAACGAGUGUCUGAAUCCUGGCAUUUGCAGCCAGAUCUGCAUCAACCUGAAGGGAGGAUACAAGUGCGAAUGCCACAAUGGCUACCAGAUGGACCCGACCACCGGCGUCUGCAAGGCUGUCGGUAAGGAGCCCUGCCUGAUCUUCACCAACCGCCGCGAUAUCCGCCGGCUGGGUCUGGAGAGGAAGGAGUACACUCAACUCGUGGAGCAGCAGAGGAACACCGUGGCUCUGGACGCCGACUUCAACCAGCAGAUGAUUUUCUGGGCCGACCUGGGCCAGAAGGCCAUAUACAGCACUGUGCUGGACAAACGUGGGGACGUCGGCUCGCACAAGAAGGUGAUCGACAACGUCCAGAUCCCGGUGGGGAUCGCCGUGGACUGGAUUUACAAGAACCUGUACUGGUCCGACCUCAGCACCAAAACCAUUUCCGUCGCCAACUUCAACGGAACCAAGCAGAAAGUUCUGUUCAACCGCGGCCUCAAGGAACCGGCCUCCAUCGCCGUGGAUCCACUGUCCGGGUUUCUGUACUGGUCUGAUUGGGGCGAGCCGGCCAAGAUUGAGAAAUCGGGUAUGAACGGAGUGGACCGACAGGUUCUGGUGGCAACGGACAUCCAGUGGCCAAACGGGAUCACGUUAGAUCUGAUCAAAGGCAGGUUGUACUGGGUCGACUCGAAGCUGCACAUGCUCUGUAGCGUCGACCUGAAUGGGGACAACAGGAAGAAAGUGCUCCAGUCUCCAGACUAUCUGGCUCAUCCCUUCGCGCUCACUGUUUUUGAGGAUCGAGUCUUCUGGACAGACGGCGAAAAUGAAGCCAUCUACGGUGCCAACAAGUUCACCGGAUCAGAUGUGGUGACGCUGGCCAGCAACCUGAACGACCCGCAGGACAUCAUAGUUUACCAUGAGCUCAUUCAGCUGUCAGGCACUAACUGGUGCACGGAGAAAGGUGAAAACGGAGGCUGCAGCUACAUGUGUCUGCCUGCACCGCAAAUCAACAAACACUCCCCCAAAUACACCUGUGUGUGUCCCGAGGGUCAGGAGCUGGCUGCUGAUGGCCAACGCUGCAGACCUGACCCUUCUUCCAAAGGUCCCUCAAAGGAUGAUGGGAAAGCUCUAACGCAGCCACCCUCAGAAGCCAACGUGAGCACGUCGAUCCAGGUGAACUCCACGGCCAGAGGCUCUGCUGCUGCCUGGGCCAUACUGCCAGUCUUGCUGCUGGCAAUGGCGGCAGCAGGCGGCUACCUGAUGUGGAGAAACUGGCAGCUGAAGAACCAGAAGAGCAUGAACUUCGACAACCCCGUCUACCUGAAGACCACGGAAGAAGACCUCAACAUCGACAUCACCCGGCACGGCGCCAACGUGGGACACACCUACCCCGCGAUUUCAAUAGUGAGCACAGACGACGAUUUAUCCUGAUCGUGUUGGGUUGUUUCCUUCUUCUUCUUCUUCUGUUUUUUUUGUUUUGUUUUGUUUUUUUCCCCGUGACGUCACGCGGCGCCUCCUCGUUACCAUGCUGACGGUUGUCCGUGGCAGCAGAAGCCCUUACAGUACGACCACAUGCCUUCUGAAGUGCAUUACGUCAUUACGCGUGGCGAAAGAGGAAACGUUUAUUUAUUAUGUGAAUACUACGACGGCUUAAGUGUCACAGCUGUUUUCACUCUGCGUCCAAAGUGUUACGAUUUAUUUUUUGUUUUUUUCCCUUCUUUCAUCAUUUUCGGCCACUUUCUUCGCCUGCAUCUUAAAAGGAAGUCCGGCGGCAUCUUUUUUUUCACGAGGCGACAGCGAUGAAAUUUCCACCAUCCUAUUGCCUCUUGUGUUCAGAACGAACGGCCAAACUGAGGGUUUUUCUCCGGCUAAGCGGACGAACUCUGAGCUCCGAGGACUCGACUCUGCAAAUAUCUGACAAAAGCGACAGACUCGAGGGUCAGAGGGCGGCUUAGAAGUGGGGCGUUAAAUUGGUCCAAACUUUUUUUUCUUGCUUCCUCUAACAUUCAGAUGUGAAUAUUUCUGUGCGAUCAUGUUUUGGGCGGUUAUAUCUAAAAAAAUUUAAAAUGUAAGUUUUAUUUUCUGUUCAUUUCUAUGUUUUAUUUCCAUCAGUACCUCCUGGAGUGCAUUCCUACUGUCUGUCAGUAUUAUUAUUAUUAUUAUUAUUAUUAUUAUUGAAGCUGUGUAAAAUCACCACGGUUACAGCAUUUGUAAACAAUGUACAUACCUACACAUCCUCCCUCAGAGACAUGACCGUCAAUCAGGACACUCUUCAAUGCACUUUGAUCAAAUGUUUCCUUGUGUAAAUAAGAUUGUAUACAUUUGACUUGAAAUCAAUUUUUUGCUAUGGUUGGGCAUCGUACCAGGGUUAGAGUUCAGAUGUAUUUAAGAAGAAAGAAAACGAGAAAAAAAUACAAAAAACACAACUGAAUUUGGUAAAACUAUUUUGUAUGUUUGUGUGCUGUUGCUGUGAACUUUUUCUAGCCUUGUACAGUGAGGGGGAAACACGAUUUAAAAAAACAAACAAACAAAAAAAAAAAAACAAGCUCUGUAUCUGUGAAGAAAACUGAUUCGCAAACCACUUCGGAAUUAAAAACUAAUCCACGACGUUGUUCAAAA